AUGUCUUCUUACUCCCGUCGCUUCUGUCUUGGGUUCACCCAGUGCGGUCCCCUCCUCACACUCUGCCUCACCGAUCGUGGUGGGAACUGCACGACUAAAGAUGUCAAUGCUUCAAAGGCAGAGGACAUCGCAAUUUUUAUCCAGGCGGUCGCUCAUUUCACCCUUGCUCCAGACGAUGAACUUGGGGAUGAUCGAUUCUUCCCAACAUUCUCUGGGUUGUUUGAGAUGACUUUCCCUACCAUCGUCAAGGGCGAUCCUAACAAAUACUUAAACAAGUUGAUGAUCGAGAGCCACCUCUUUCACUCAUUCUCUUUCACUGGCAAAGGAACCCAGAUCCUCCUUGCCAAGCCCGCCAUUCCAUCCGCUGGCCAAUAUCCCCAACAUGUUGUGGUGAAGGACUCCUGGCCCACACCCGCCGAAACGCACGAGGCCUACCUCAUCAGGCAUAUAUGUUGA